UGGAUAUGUUUUGUGGAACAAAAUCAGCUGUUUCGUGCUUUUCAAUUUAGGCAAUACCUUAUUUUAUAAUAAUUAUAACAUAUUUGUGAAUUACUUUGGUUACUAAUAAUACUAAGUUAUUUCACAAUGUCGCGAUUCUUACUGACGAAUUUGAAACCUGGUUCGGUCACACAUUUACUUUCUCCGUUAAGUACAAAUACACCACCUAUUCUGCCAGUCCUGCAUCAUGUGGAGCGCCGGCAACAGAUUCAUCUUACGUCAACAUGCAAUGAAAUACGAAAAUUGGCACGGCUGCGUGUUGUAGACAAUAGUGAAAUUGGAAAACGUGCCAUGGCAGAGGGAAAACCACCUAGAUGCAUUCAUGUAUAUAAUAAGCGCUCUGUGGGAUUUAUUGGUGACAAAGUGCUUGUAGCCAUUAAGGGUCAAAUGAAGAAAGGUAUCUUGGUUGGAUUAAAGCAAAACCAAAAAUUAAAGAUACCGAAAUUUGAUAGCAACAAUAUUGUACUAAUCGACGACAAUGGCAGCCCACUAGGAACUCGCAUUCACGUACCCGUACCAACGAUACUUCGCACCAUACUCAAAGAAAAAACCCAAGCUAAAGGGGCGGAUUACACAAAGGUGCUAGCUAUAGCAAGCAGAUUUGUUUAAAAAUAUGUUAAUAAAAUUUACUUGUAAAUGAACAAAAACAUUUUGUUUCGUUAAAUAAAAUAAUAUGAAUAUGUA